AUGAAGUCUCGCAGGCAAAGCUGCACCGACUCGGGUUCAGAAUCAGACACCAAGAGCCCUGAGAAGUUCGAAAGCACCUCGCGCCGUCGGAUGGCGGCCAACGCUCGGGAGAGGAAGAGGAUGGAGGGUCUGAACACGGCCUUCGACUGCCUGCGCAAAGUGGUGCCGCAGUGGGGCCAAGACAAGAAGCUGUCCAAGUACGAGACGCUGCAGAUGGCCCUCAGCUACAUCAUGGCCCUAAAUCGCAUCCUGACGGACAAUAGUAGAAACAGCACCCCCCACAGGCAGUGGCUGGACCUGCAGUUCGAUUCCCUGCAGGCGGAGGCCUACCAGUACGGCUGCGUGAGGUAUGGCUCUCCUGGUGAAAACGAGGCAAUGCACUCGCCGUUUCCUUGCCACUUUGAGGGCUUUGGAGUCCCAUCGUAA